CAUCUUGGUAUGCAUCUAAUGAUAUAGAUUUCCUAAUACUGAACGGUACAUUUAGGUAUAUAAAAAUAUACAGAUUCUCUCGAAGCUUGACUUCAGAAUUCAAGUUUGUGUAAGUAAGACGGUGUGCUGUAGUCAUCAUGAUUAAGAAAGUAUUUCCAAUGCUCAUCCUCCUUGCAUCAGCUUCAACCGCUCCAACACUGAACUUCAACAAACUGCAGAGCAUUCAGAGAAUCAUAGAUGAUUCAGAAAUAUCGCCAACAAUCUACCGCAGCUCCUACCCGUCAAGCAAUGCAGUAAAUGGAUUUCUGAAUCUUCCCAUAUUUCCAACCCUACCUGCUCUUAGAUUGAAUGGAAUAAGCCCAGUUUACCUUCCACCUCAAGGUUAUUAUAAUCCUCAUAAUGGUCAGCUAACUGGUCAUAUUGUGGGAGCUUUUCCGUUUGCUUACAAUGGUUAUGCCCAUGGCUAUGGUUGGAGACACUGAAUAUAUUGCUUUAGAAAUAGUAAA